AUGGCAUCUACUCACGCAGCUGGGUCCCCCGCGCCAUCAUCCAGUAUCAACUCCCCUAUACUACACCCGGUGAACGCGUCCGUCUCAAAUGCCUCUCUAGGGGAGGGCAGUAUUAGAUUCUCGCCGGCGCCACCUAGUACCUUUUCAAACCAAGGCGAUGGUGUAAGGUCGAAGCGCAACAAACGCGAUAGCCGCAAAAAAAGAGAGGCCAAAGGUUUGGACCAGGAAAGCGCACCUCCCAAGAAGAAGUCAGUGGCCGUACUUAAUACCGCCAUUCCGAGCUCUGAUCUCGGCAUCCUAAGACCUAUUGCAGUUGGGGAGCCCAGGCACUCGGAUCUUUUCCCUCCUCAGCCUCGUCAACUGAACUUUGCGGUGCGCAAAAUGUCAGGUGUGAUUGGCCAAAGUUGGGAUUUCUACGAAGUCGUUGAUAAACUUACGAACAAGAACGGUUUUCGAUAUAGCUAUGCUAUAGCAGAUACGGACUUCCCUCAUAUCAAAUAUCGCCAAACGGAUGUUCCUCCCUAUCAUGCCCGUUUUAGCUUCGAGGACUCCCCGGCUGCGAUCUUAUUCUCCAAGGACGCCCUUGCUGUCACGACCAAUGAACCAUGGCACACGGCUCGCGCUAAUGUGUGCGCAAGAGAAGGGACCUACUAUUAUGAAGCACGCAUCAUAAGCGGUAUAAUGAGUAGCUCGGAAGCAACUACCUCAAACGGGAGCAAUGCCUUACCGUCGAGAGGUCAUGUGCGGCUUGGAUUUGCUCGACGGGAAGCAGAUCUUGAUGUCAAUGUAGGAGUCGACUGUUACGGUUACGGAAUCCGUGAUGUAAACGGCGAGGUGGUCAAUCGCAUGCGGUGCGAAUACUUCUUCCCCAAGGGUGAGUCGAUUCGCGAAGGCGAUGUCAUUGGCAUGCUCAUCACUCUCCCGCCGCUUUCACUCCACAGAAAGAUUGUCGAGGGAACAUAUGACCCGGCUUGUGAUAAUUUCAAGCCCGGGCCUGCUUCAGCUACUAAUAUCAUCCGUGAUCGCAUCCCCUUUCACUACAAAAAUGACUUUUGCUGGCAACAGUCCAAUGUCUUUCCAACCAAGCAACUGCGUGACUACGCUUUCAAUCUCAAAGAAACCCCUGCAUUCGGCCCUCCAUCCCCAUUGAACGCAGAGGAUCCAUCACUACGUACAUUACCUGGCUCAAGUAUCACGAUAUACAAGAACGGCAUAAAAAUGGGUACGCCAUUUAAGGAGCUCUACGCCUUUCUACCACCUGCUAGCAGACUUGCGAAUGGCACGAACAACCUCGGGCUCGGUGAGCGUGAAAAUGCCGAUGAUGGUAUGAUCGGGUACUACCCAGCUGUUAGCUGCUAUGGAGGUGGUGCUGUUGAGUGUCGCUUCCAAGGUCCCUGGUGGUUUAGUCCGCCGUCCGCUACAGAAAAUGGUGAGCCAGUCAAAGGAAUUGGAGAGCGCUUCGACGAGCAAAUUGUCGAAGACGUACUGGCCGAUAUUGUAGACGAGGUCGAAGCAAUGCUUGUCUGGGGCAGCGUGGACGGUAAUGUUGUUAAUAACGCUGAGAUGGACGCCCCUGGCGUAGGAGCCGUUGGCGGCACAGACGUUCUCAAAGGCGGCGUCGGUGCUGCCUAUGACCCUGCCACUACUUUGUCGACUGCUCCUGCGGAGAGUAACGGAAGUGGCACUGCGAGUAUCAAGCUUGCCGACGAGGACGCAUGCCACACUGGCUUUGAAGAUACUAUGAGUCUCGGCGUGGCAAAUACGCCAAUUACUGACGUGCCCGUACCGCCAGAACCGGAGGAUACCCCUAUGACCGGAGGUUGA